UAAAGCCGUCGGUGGCACGCGGUCGCUCUCCUCACUUCCUGGUCGAAGAUGGCGGAUGAGAAUGAGACAGCACCGAUGCCGGAGAAAGAAGAUGUAGAGGACCACGGACACUGCAGCGACUGUGAAAACGAGGAGCACCACUUUGACGACGGUGACCGGGGUCUGGGUGACGACACUGGCGCCAAGAAGAAGAAAAAGAAGCAGAAAAAGAAGAAGAAAUCUGGCGCCCCAGAAGCAGCUCAGGACCCCCUUGCCAAGGUGAAUUCAUUGCCAGCUGAUAAGCUCCAGGAGAUCCAGAAGGCCAUUGAACUGUUCUCCGUAGGCCAAGGCCCUGCCAAAACCAUGGAGGAGGCGACUCGGAGGAGUUACCAGUUCUGGGACACGCAGCCGGUGCCCAAGCUAGGGGAGACGGUGACGUCACACGGCUCCAUUGAACCUGACAAAGACCACAUUCGUGAGGAGCCCUACAGCCUCCCACAGGGCUUCAGCUGGGACACCCUCGACUUGGGGAACGCUGCUGUGCUCAAGGAGCUUUACACGCUUCUCAAUGAGAAUUAUGUUGAAGAUGACGACAACAUGUUCCGAUUUGACUACUCCCCCGAGUUCCUGCUCUGGGCCCUGCGGCCCCCCGGCUGGUUGCCCCAGUGGCAUUGUGGGGUGAGAGUUAACUCCAACCAGAAGCUGGUAGGCUUCAUCAGUGCCAUUCCUGCUUCCAUCCGUAUCUACGACAUAGAAAAGAAAAUGGUUGAGAUCAAUUUCCUCUGCGUCCACAAGAAGCUUCGCUCCAAACGAGUUGCUCCGGUUCUGAUUAGAGAAAUCACCAGACGGGUCAACCUGGAGGGUAUCUUUCAGGCGGUCUACACUGCUGGAGUGGUACUGCCCAAACCUGUGGGUACAUGCAGGUACUGGCAUCGCUCGUUGAACCCACGCAAACUAAUCGAGGUGAAGUUCUCCCAUCUGAGCAGGAACAUGACUAUGCAGCGCACCAUGAAGUUGUACCGUCUGCCUGAGGCUCCAAAGACUCAAGGUCUGCGGCCGAUGACCAAGAAGGAUGUGCCGGUGGUGCAUCGCCUCCUUCGUGAGUACCUGAGCCAGUUUCACCUGGUGCCCGCCAUGAACCAGGAAGAGGUAGAACACUGGCUGCUGCCCCGGGAGAAUAUAAUCGACACUUUCCUGGUGGAGAAUGACGGCAAGGUGACGGAUUUCCUGAGUUUUUACACACUGCCCUCUACCAUUAUGAACCACCCUGUGCACCGCAGCCUAAAAGCAGCGUACUCCUUCUACAACGUGCACACCACCACCACCCUGCUCGACCUGAUGUCUGACGCCCUCAUCCUGGCCAAAUCGAAAGGGUUUGAUGUCUUCAAUGCACUGGAUCUAAUGGAAAACAAGAAUUUCUUGGAGAAGCUUAAGUUCGGCAUCGGUGAUGGAAAUCUACAGUAUUAUCUGUACAAUUGGAAGUGUCCCAGCAUGGGGUCAGAAAAGGUUGGGCUGGUGCUGCAGUGACAUCCCUCUACGCCACAAUCAAGUGUCACCAACAGGCCUGGAGAGAGACCACCAUCGCACUGACCACCUUGACAGAUGGACUGAUGACUUCCUGCUUCAGGAAAGGAAAACCCACCGCCCAUUUUUACUUUUUGACCUUUUUGAACUAUGACCUGCACUACCGCUGCCAGGCGGGGAGGCAGGGGGAGUCUUCCCGCUCUUCCUCCUCCCUCGAUCACAUGGACCUUAAGCCAUUGUAGUUACCAUCCCAAAAACAACUGUAUUUCAUCUGAGAGCUGUCUUGAUUGUACCAAACACACAUAUACAUGAGAACAGUUUGCACAGAUCACUGUAUACCAAACACCCACUGUUGGCAUACCUACAAAAACCUACAGUACAUGUAAAUAAUAUCAAACAUUACUGCGGAUUAUGCCCUAACACAUACAGACUAGAAUCAGUUUUAUUUUAUUCUGAAAUGUUGGAAGUGCUUUUUUUUCUUCUUUUUUUUGCAAUUAAAAUAAAUCUGUCAUCUUUUCAGUUUUAGAGAUAAAAAAGGAAAAAAAAUCAAAAUGAUCAAAAAAUAUUUUAAAGAGGAAAAGGCUCAAAAAGGUGAGGUAAUAAAUACCAAAAGUGAACACCGGAUAAGGGCUUCUGUUAAGAUUUCUCUUGUCAUGCUUGAACCUGUGUAUUUUUUAAUUUUUCUCAUCAAACCCUCUGUUCUACAAGUCAUUAUGGAGAUGUUUCAGCACUGCUUGAACAAGAUGAGACUUCUGGAGAUCUGCUCAUCUGUAUUAACUUUCAUGACCCUCCUCCUCCUCCUCCUCCAGCUUACUGCACUAACAGAAGAAGCCCUGAAACACAGACUGAUAACAAUGGACCAGCUCAGUUGGAGAUGACAAAAAAAACAAAAACAAAUCUGAAUGGAGGUUGGAGGCAUUCUGACGAGGGGGGGGGGCAGCGUUCAACAUAUUUAUCAGCAGGGAUCAGAUUUAUAAUGACACCUCUUGAUUUAACUGUGCCCCAGUUUCAACGUCCACCCUGCGAGGACUUAGGUUGACAGCAGAAAUAGAACGUGCUUGAGCUCAUUUUGCAGCCUUUGCUUGAAGAAAUCACACAAGGAGUCUUAAAAAAUAGUAAAUUUAAUAUAAUGAAAUACAAGAAAUACACAAAGGAAGACUGAAAGAUCUGCCGAUACGUUUACAUGCACAUGCUGUGUUUUAGUUCUUUGCUGUACGAAUGUCUGAAAUUGUCUCACUUCAUGAAAUGACAUCACUAAUAUUAUGCUUUUAUAGGCUUUUAUGUAGAAAGUGGCAUCAAACACAAUAGUAUUAACCUACAUAAUAUGAAAUAUGAGCGUCGCAGGUAGCGUUGGACCUCAGUGCAGCAUUUGGAGCUUUACACUGGUCGGUUAAAGUCUGAGAGGAUUCAGGGUGGAGGUUGAAACUGGGCCCACGAGCAGCAGUCUGGAUAGACGGGUGCGGGGUGAUGAUGAUGAUGAUGAUGAUGAUGAUGGUGAUAAAGUGUUUCUUAUGUACAAUGUUGGUUCGUUUUUGCGAACAGAUGUAAACGAAUAUUGGGUCUCAUGGUGUUAUGAUGCAGGAAAAGACUGGAGAUGCAGGUGAUUUUUUUUUUUUUUUGGAGCAAAAAAAUAAAAUCUAGAAGUUGCUGUGA